AUAUUCUGUACAUAUUGCAAUGUUUGGCUAAAAAAAACAAGUGUUUUUCUCAAAAUAUUAAAGUUUUCUGUUUUUAUUUACAGAAAUUAUGUAUAAAAAGUAAUAAAUAACUAUAAAAUAAUGGAAGAUUUACUUGCCUGCCGAGUUUGUCUAGCAACAAAUGUGAAACUUUACGACUUAUACAAAAAUAAUCUGAAUAAUAUUUACGAAAUAAUAACUGGCAUUGAGGUCGCCCCAGCAGACAACUAUCCACAGCAUCUGUGUGUAUACUGUACUGCGUUACUUCUAAAAUGUGCUUCGUUCAGAGACAGAUGUAUAAAGGCACAGGAACUCAUGAAAUUGGCUGAACGGGAAUGUGAAAUUCUAACGACCACAAAACUGCAAUCCAUAGCCGUACUUCACGAAACAAAUCUACCAUAUACUAUAUCUGACUUAAACACUACAGAAAUAAUAGACAUACACAUUAAGACAGAACCAGAAGUGAUAUUAAAGGAAGAAGUAGAUUAUAGUGAUGAAGAACCGCUUGCAAAUAAGAUUAAAAAGAAGAUUUCUGAAGAAGAAUUGUCUGUAAAGGACUUUGAAACGAAUGUUGAUGACGAUAGAAGUGAUAUUGGUUUGCAAAGCGAUGUUGGUGUUGAAUGCAAGAAUGAUGUUUCUGAAAUUGAUAUUGAGUUAAAAUGCCUAACAAAAGAGGAACAAUACAACGAAUUAUUAGCGAGAAAGAAUUCACAGAAUUAUAUAAACUCCUUCUACAAAUGCGAGCUAUGUUUCAAAGGGUUCCUUCAAGACGAGACGUAUAAGAAACAUAUGAUACGACAUGACCCGUCAUCAGGCGACCAAACGUGCGACAUUUGCAAAACGCGAUGGCCCAAUACAAGAGCUUUAAAAUCCCAUAUAACAACAGCCCACGAACGCAAAUAUACAUGCAAGCUAUGUAACUUAGAAAUCAAGAGCUCUCAUCGUGCGAAAGAACAUUUGCGAUGGCAUAAGGGCCAUAAAUUUGUAUGUAAAAUGUGUGGGCUAACAUUUUCGAAGUCUACUAGUCAUUUAACACAUGUUAGAUUGCACCAUCCGUCGAAAAAUUGCUGCGAAAUUUGUGGAGAAAGCUUUCUAAGUGAAGUUGGGUUAAGAAUGCAUUGUAAGAAGUCUCAUAGGGAGGUUGAGGUAAUAGUGACGCGUCCGAAGAUCACAUGUUGUGUAUGUGACACCCACUUCAAGACUGCCGAAGCUAUGGCACGGCAUGUCGCUCAUACUGCCGACGGUGUAUGCGAUGCCAAGUACAGUUCGUGCUACCAAUGUGGGCAGAAUUAUCCGACCCAGCUUGCUUUAAAGGAACACAUGAAAACACAUGAUAACGGAGUCAAAUGCGAAGAGUGUGACAGACAGUUCGCUCACAGCCGCUCCUUCUCGAUCCACUACCAACGUGUCCACCUGGGAAUCAAACUGCAACCCUACAAGCCGCGAGACAGACGCCCCCACGUGGACUGGGUGUGUGAAAUAUGUGGGAAAACUUGUAUAUCCAAUGCAUCACUGGUAUGCCAUCAGCGAAUACACACGGGAGAGAAGCCCUACCAAUGCAGAGACUGCCCCAAGCGGUUCAGUAUAUUUCAGAGAUUAAAGAUUCACCAACGGACCCACACUGGUGAGAGACCAUUCAAAUGUUCGGUGUGUCCCAAGGCGUUCAAACAUAAAGCUGCUUUAAACAGACAUGAUCGGGUACACUCCGGAGCGAAGCCCUACCAAUGUAUUCACUGUGGAAAAACAUUUUCUCAGUCAAACUCUAGGAAGCUACAUAUUAGGACUGUACAUCUAAAGCUACCUACCCCCUAUCGCAGCAGUCGGUAUAGGAAUGAAGAUACAGAUGUGUUAGACAAUAAUACCCUCAAAUAACCAGGUUAAACAAGGUCAAAAUUUGGAUGGGUGACCGCUUUUUUCAUCGGAAUUAGUUGGAAAUUGUAUUCUGUUGGAUAUAGGUGUCUUUUUUGGAGAUUUCUCAUUAAUCCCCAUGGUUGGCGAUUUGUGUGGGGAUUAACGUUAUAUCCUAUCGUUUUGUGGCAUUUAUGUGUCUUAAUUUAUUUUUUAAAUUUAUAAUAAUAGGGAUGAAGGCGGGGUAUGAAAAUUAAAAAUCUAUUUAGUCCGUCAGUUAGCUAAUGAAAAAAUAUUAGACACGUAUUUUUUUAUUUUGUCAUAUAAGAUAACAAUACUGAGAUAAAACGAAUCAAAGUUUAGGAGUGGGGGCAAAUACGUCAUUUCUACGUAUAAAACGCACCUAGAAGUAACGUCACGCGAUAUUUAAGUCAGUCAAAGUCAAAAUCAUUUAUUUCAAAUAGACCAGGAAGGCACUUUUGAACGGCAAAGCAAAUAUAAUAAUAUUAAUAACGUCUGUCUGUCGGUCAGUCCUCUAGUUGCUCUAUUUGCUCGUUCCAAAGUGUAGAUUCCUAUGGAGAAGAACGAGCAAGAAACUCUAUAGUUUCAAAUCAAUAUAAUAUAUAAUAUAUUCAAAAGUAUUUGUUUCGGUAAGAAAAUAAAAAAUACGUGUGUAAUGUUUUAAAAUAAUCUACAAGACGGACAUUGAAAUAAACAUUAGUCAUCUACCCUAAUAUAUUAGGUAUCAAUGCUGUUUAUACGUAAGCAAUGGCAUUUAAAUGUCACCAGUUAUUUUAUAAUAUUUAAUACGAAUCCCCAAAAAAGAUUAAUAGAAAUAAAUAAAUAAAUCAAAUUAUG